CGUAUGAUUUACGUCUUUAAAAAGAAUGACGGGAGGGAGAAAGCACGUAUCAAAGUGAAAUAAAGGGUUUGCGCGUACGCAUAUUACGCUUCGGUGUCUGGCCGCGAUUGACGCCCACUCUCCAAGCGAUACAUAAUUAGAUAUUCAAUCCCUCUUUUAUUUUCUCAGAUCAUCUCGCUCUCGAACCCAAAACCAAACCAGAAGAAGAAGAUGGCGAGAUUCGCAGCAGCAGCAGCACUCUUUGUUUUCUGUGCCUUUGUCGCCGCCACUGUCACUGUUUCCGCUUCCCACUCGAACCUUACUGUCAAAGGAACAGUCCUCCUUGACUAUUGCAACGCCGGCUUCGAAACUGAAGCCGCUGUUCCCCUCGCUGGUGCAACUGUGAAACUGAUGUGCAAUUGCAGGAAGUCGUAUACCGCUACCCACACUGACUACGCCGUUACAGACUUGAACGGGGAGUACACCUUCUCUGUGCAAGACCACGGCGAUGACGUCUGCGACGCCACUCUCGUGAGCAGCAGCCACACUGAUGCCAGCGCACCAUUAAGGGGCCGCGAUAGCUCCCGCCUCAGCCUCACCCACAACAAUGGCAUGGUGGACGGCACACGCCAGGCUAACAUCUUGUUGUCGGGUGUGAAAACACCCCUGGCUCGCUGUGGCCAGAUCCUCGCUCGGUACCACCUCAACGACGACAAUUUCUAAUCAAGCAAACCCAUAUGAUGAUGAUGAUGAUGAUGGAGGACUGAGGCGAACUGUUUGUUUAGCCUCAUGUCUCUCGUAUCCCUUUGCCGCUUAUACUUGUACUCUUUCUUAUAAUUCCACUACUACUUUGUUCAACUAAACUUUGCUCUGCAUUCUCUUGUUUUUUGUUCUAAUGUAAUUUUACAACCACAUCUGUGUGCUCGUUGGAGUUGUUUUUCUUUGGGUUUUUCUAUAAUAUCUUACAUGAAUGCAAACGUUUGACUUCUUGCAAAGAUGUUCAAUUAUGUCCAGUGCUCCCUUAUUGUUUCUGUUUGUCUAUUUCAGCUUUUUAGUCUUGUUUAAGCUCAA